AAAAUUUCCAAUCCUGAAAACCUAUGACCGACGUAUAUAUAGUGCAUGGAAGAACCCCUUAUUGUGAGGAGCAUGAACCCUAGCACAUACACAGCCAAUUCAACCAUCUCAUAUCCUCUUGCACUCACAAAUACACCAUUUAGAAACAAAAUCAUCAUCUCAGCCAUCUCUCGCCCCAGCUUUAGUCUUCAAUCAUAAGGCCUAUCUUCAUGAUGGCGUUCAGAGCAGCUAUUACCACCCUCCUUUUUGGCUCAGCCAUGUUGCAUAGCGUCUCGGCAAUGGCACCUGAGGGCUUCACUGAGAUUGUUCGCAGAAAGGGAGGAGACCCCGAGUGCUCAUUCUCUGAUAAAGAGUCCGUCGAUUGCUGGAAGCUUACUGACUCCGACAACGGAAAGACAGCAUGCAUAGGUUGGGUCACCGGAGGUUUCACUUGUAAGCCAUGGAAGGAGGAGGUAUUCGAUGAUCUGAAAGAAGCCGUGAAGAAGCAGGCCACUACAGACGGACAGUGGAAGACCAGCACACAAGGACACUGGUUGGCCGGCUGGCAGCUUGGGAGCUCGGCCACUGCCGACCAAAAGAACUUUGGUGACAAGUUUGCCUUCCUGCUCGACGACGUGAGGAAGGAGCCCGAGGGCAAGUGGAACCAGGGUUUCAAGAGAUGGUACUACAGCUACGACUCGGACUUCAUCGUCAUCGACUGGAACAACGGCUGGUCAAACCAAUGCGACCAGGAGGCGUAGAAUGACUUUCCAGUCACCUGAACACUCGGAUAUUUUGAUAUACGGUACGGAAUUGUACGCAGUUUAUGCGUUGAUAUAUGACACGCAAUUAUGAGCGAUUUUUGCGCGGAUACACGAUACAGGUUUAUGAGCAAGUCUUGAAAUUUUAGUACACAUUUGCAGCGCAUGUCCCAGUAUUUCUUUUAUUUAGACGACGGCUUUACUGUCCUUAACAUGAAUGGUAUCUUCUAA